GUUUCUUCGACGCGAGUUUGUCAAGGUCUCUGUUCGAGAAUUUUUUUUCUUUGGAAGUUUAACUAUAUCUAUCAAAGAGUAUCGAUUAGCUAUUCAGCCUCGCCGAAACUAUUCGCAACGUCGAAAAUCAUUCGUGGACUUCCACACCGUCAGUACAUAUUCGUAUUUCUAAAUGUUUAACCGUGACCGAGAUCAGGGUAGAAGCCGUCGUGGUAGUGCUGUUAGAGGCGGCAUUAGCAGAGGUGGCAGUGAUAAUGGACGUGGACACAUUGUCAGCAGAUUUAGCACACGUGGUAGGGGAAGUGUCAGUAAUGUAAGAGGUAGCUUAAAAGGGAAACAACCUGGUGGUGGCUUAAGAAGAGUAAAUUGGGAUCUACGUAGCUUAGAACCACUGCGCAAGGACUUUUAUGUUGAGCAUCCUGCAGUUAGAAAUAGAUCUAAAGAAGAAGUAAGCCAAUUCCGGGAGAAUACAGAGAUAACUGUGAAGGGUGAAAAUGUUCCUAACCCUAUACAAUAUUUCGAGGAGGGAAAUUUUCCUCCUUAUGUAAUGGAAGGCAUUCGUAGACAAGGAUAUUCACAACCUACUCCAAUUCAAGCUCAAGGAUGGCCUAUUGCCCUCAGUGGCAGAGAUCUUGUCGCGAUUGCUCAGACUGGCUCCGGGAAGACUCUUGGAUAUAUUUUGCCUGCGAUCGUGCAUAUCAUACAUCAACCGCGCCUAAGCAAUGGAGACGGUCCGAUCGCUUUAAUCUUAGCUCCUACCAGAGAGUUGGCUCAACAAAUUCAAGAAGUAGCCAAUUGCUUUGGCGAAUCAGCGGCUGUGAGAAACACAUGUAUUUUCGGCGGCGCUCCGAAAGGACCACAAGCGCACGACUUGGAUAGAGGUGUUGAGAUAUGCAUCGCUACUCCGGGUAGACUUAUAGAUUUCUUAGAAAAAGGCACUACAAAUUUACGUAGGUGUACAUAUCUAGUACUUGACGAAGCUGACCGAAUGCUGGACAUGGGCUUCGAACCUCAGAUACGAAAGAUAAUCGAGCAGAUACGUCCGGACAGACAAGUGUUAAUGUGGUCGGCGACAUGGCCUAAGGAAGUCCGCGCGCUCGCGGAGGAUUUCUUGACGGACUACACUCAUUUAAAUAUCGGCUCACUCACUCUGUCGGCCAAUCACAAUAUCACACAGAUUAUCGACGUCUGUCAAGAAUUUGAGAAAGACUCGAAGCUAUUCAGGUUGCUACAGGAGAUCGGCAAUGAAAAAGAGAACAAGACUAUCAUAUUCGUGGAAACUAAGCGCAAAGUGGAUGAUAUCACGAGAAACAUUAGACGCGAUGGCUGGCAAGCACUAAGUAUACACGGCGACAAGAAUCAGCAGGAGAGGGAUCACGUGUUACAGGAGUUUCGUAGCGGAAGAGCGCCAAUUUUAGUCGCAACCGAUGUGGCUGCUAGGGGUUUAGAUGUGGAUGAUGUGAAAUAUGUGAUAAAUUUCGAUUAUCCAUCCUCAUCGGAAGACUACAUACAUAGAAUCGGUCGAACUGGACGCAGACGACAAACCGGCACGGCAUACGCGUUUUUCACGAGCCACAAUAUGAAGCACGCCGGAGAUCUUAUAGAAGUAUUGCGGGAAGCGGGUCAAAAUGUGAAUCCGCGCCUCAGCGAAAUGGCAGAGAUGGCGAAAGCAGGGAAUUUUGGCGGCAGAAACGGGAAACGUUUUGGCGCUUCUUCCGGCAUUGGUGGAGAGAGAGGUAAUAUUCGGAGAGGCAGUAGUGACGGUAGAGGAAGAGGAAGUAUUCUGGGAAGAGGAAGAGGUGCAUCUCGCGCUGGGAAUUCUUACCAAUCUUCUUCGAGUAUUUAUUCGGGACCAGAUUACAGUAGUUAUACUAGCAUGAAAUCAAGUGGGUCCGCUAUAGGUCAAAACGCGGCGUACGGAUACAGUACACAGAGAAACUACGGACAAGGCAGUAUGCCACAGAAUUAUGGAGGUGGCGAUAAUUAUGGAAGCAGUUAUCCAUACAGGGGUGCAACUUAUUAAUCGCGUUUUUAAUGUUUCCAAUUGAUAACACGUAAUCACUCGAUGGUGUGUAAUGUGUCCAUAUUUAGUUAGUCCGACUCUGUGGUAAUAUUUAUAAUAGAUUAAAAGGGGAAGAGGUGGAUAUGAAGGAAGGUAUCGACGCGUUCGACGGGCGAUAGUAUACCAUAUUGUAUUACCCAAUGAGUAUUAUCAAUUUUAAAUCGACAGUUACACAUACAAUUAACAUUUGUUAAAUAUAAUGUCAAGUGAUUUGCGUGUAUCGAAUUUGACGCAUCAAACAAAGCUGAAGGAGCUUUGAUGCAGUUUUAAUACGUUCGUAACUAACCUUGCAGAGAUAAUAUAUAAGUUCCUAUGGUGCGACAUCAGGUUUGUACUAGUAAUCGUUAAUUGAAACAAUAUCUUCCUGGAGAUAUUUUGAUCUGAAUAUAGAGUUAGAUGGAUUUUUCAGUCGAAUUAUGCGAUACAUGUGACAUUGCAUUUGUAAUCGCGAUUCAUCUGAAGGAUUCUUAUCUAAUUCUAAACUUAAAUAUGGAUAUCAUACAUGAAAUGAAUUUCUCAAGUAUCUCGACUAUUAAUACAAGCCUCAAAGUGCAAUCACUAGAAGCCAAAGUAU